CCUUCAUCAUGUGUCGUCACAUAACCCACGUUAGUAAAGAUGUCUGACAGGUGCACGCACAAGUCAACAACAGUGAAGAUUUCUCAGUUUUUAUGUGUUUUGUAUUUAUCAUGGACGCCUGUUCAGACCGAGAUUAGUUCUGCAGUUCUCGAUAAACAAACUGGCCAGCUGUCUCUACAAGAGGGUUUCCGAAACGACUAUGUAGCCUGGGCGAACUUUACCGACGACAUCAAGAACUCAGGCUGGUCAUAUCUGGAAGUGACCACUAGCGGGCGCUAUAAUGAUAGCAUCCAAGCGUACGCUGCCGGGGCCGUUGAAGCUGCAGUCAGCUCCGAGCUGAUCUAUAAGCACUGGAUGAACACACUUAUGGGGUACUGCGGUCCAUUUACAUUUGAGUCAGGAUUCUGUCACAGACUGAAGGAUUACAUCACCACCAACCUACAGUGGGUCAGACAGCAGAUAGAGGAGCAUCCACACUGUCCCUACUGGCACCAGGUGUGGUUGGUGUUGCUGCAGCUGAAAGGUCUGGAAGAUGGCUACAAUGAUCAGCUGUCAUUUCCCAGAGGCCCUUUCACUCUCAACCCCUUCGGCUUCCUACUUUUCCAGAUGGGAGGAGACCUGGUGGAUCUUGAGGGGGCCCUAAACAAGUCUAGCCAAUCACGGACACUGGGCUCUGGCUCCUGCUCCGCCCUCAUCAAGCUAUUGCCUGGCAACAAGGAUCUGCUGGUGUCUCAUGAUACCUGGAACAUCUACCAGGCCAUGCUGCGCAUCCUAAAGAAGUACCAGUUCGCCUACCGUGUCUCUCCUACAGACAGUGAUCCGAUCCCUGGCGGAACCCAGGCCUUCUCCUCCUACCCAGGGCCCAUUUUCUCUGGAGAUGACUUCUACAUCCUUAGCACCGGGCUGGUUACCUUGGAGACCAGCAUCGACAACAGUAACCCCGCCCUCUGGAAAUUUGUUCAACCAACCGGAGCAGUGAUGGAGUGGCUGAGGAACAUCGUAGCCAAUAGGCUGGCUGCAUCCGGCAAGGAGUGGGCAGAGAUUUUCAGCAAACACAACAGCGGAACGUAUAAUAACCAGUGGAUGAUAGUGGACUACAGGCAUUUCACUCCGGGGAUGACAGAGACCAAGGAGCAGCUGUUUACUGUACUGGAGCAGCUCCCUGGGCUGGUUGUUCACUCUGAUAAAACCCAGGAGUUGCUGCAGAAAGGUUACUGGUCCAGUUAUAACAUCCCGUACUAUGAGGAGGUGUUUAAUGCCAGUGGCUGUCGAGAACUGGUUAAACAGUUUGGUCCAUGGUUCUCUUUGGACAUGAACCCUCGAGCCCAGAUCUUCAGAAGGAACCAAUCACAUAUCACAGACAUGGACUCCAUGGUCCGCCUCAUGAGGUAUAAUAACUUUAAGCAGGACCCGUUGUCUUGGUGUGAGGGCUGUGACCCGCCUGCUAAUGGAGAGAACACCAUCUCAGCCCGGUCCGACCUGAACCCGGCUAACGGAACGUAUCCCUUCGGAGCGCUGAAGCAGAGACCACAUGGAGGAACGGAUAUGAAGGUGACGUCCUACGGGCUGUGGCGUGAGUUUGGCUUCCUGGCAGCGAGUGGACCCACUUGGGACCAGGUACCUGCCUUCCAGUGGAGUUCAUCCCCCUACUCAGACCUGAUGCACAUGGGACACCCUGACACCUGGGCGUUUGCACCUGUAAAUGUCACCUGGUAUUCCUAACCCUUCUGAUCUAUCCGCUGCCUUUGACACUGUGAACCAUCAUAUCCUCCUCUCAACCUUCUCAGGGCUGGGCGUCUCUGCACACUCUUGGAUUGCAUCCUACCUGGCAGGCCGCUCCUACCAGGUGACGUGGAGAGGAUCUGUCUGCACCACGUACUCUCACUACUGGUGUUCCCCAGGGCUUGGUUCUAGGUUGAAAACCCUGCUUGUGCCAUCAAACCCCUGCAACUUAUCCAGAACACUGCAGCGCACCUGGUUUUCAACCUUCCGAAGUUCUCUAUUGUCACCCCAGUCCUUCGUACACUCCACUUGCUUCUGGUCAAAGCUCAAAUCCACUUCAAGACCAUGGUGCUUACCUACGGAACAGCAAGAAGAACUUCCCCUCCCUACCUUCAGGGUAUGCUCAAAUAGUACACCCCAACCUGAGAACUCCAUUCUGCCACCUUCCGUUCUAGCUCUGACUACUGAUUUAUUUACUUGAGAAAAAAUGUACAUUCUAUGCCUGUGAUACAGUAUGUGGUUGUCCCACCUAGCUAUCUUAAGAUGAAUGCACUAACUGUAAGUCGCUCUGGAUAAGAGUGUCUGCUAACUGACUAAAAUUGAAAUGUACCCCUUACAUUAACCCUACACGUACAGACCCCUCCGUGUCAGAGAAUAAACUAAGGGGUGAUGGGUUUCAUUUCAGAAGGUAAAUGAUUACAAAAGUAAUGUAAUGUAUUAGGUAUACAGUGCAACAGUAAGCUCAGGGUUAGCAUGUAUAUUUACUGUUCUGUUGUGUGAACAAUCUUGAGAUAAGUGGGUUUUAACUGGGUUUAAAACAUUUUUUAUAAUGUUUUGCUCGUACUGGCUGUCUCAUUGAAUGUGAUGUGAGAUGGGAACACUUUAAAUGGGGUUGGAGUUCCACAAAUGACAAUUAUAGAGGUAGGAAAUUGUACUGGGAAAAAAUGCACUAUUUGUUUGGCCAAGAGAAUGAUUAAAAUAUAUAUAUUUAAUCAAACAGUUUAGUGGAGCCUAUGUGCCUACUUGAAGUAUUCUACCAUUUGAUUCAUGCUGCUAUGACACUGGUCAAUUUGUUCAAUUCAUGUUGACCUUAUUAGACAGUAAUCGCAUAAAAACAUGUAUUACAUUUGUUAGCAUUUGACAGAUGUGCUUUAAUACGGUCAAUGGUUUUUGGAAUUAAUUUUGCUUUGAACUUUAAUUAAUAUCCAUGUCAUGUGUAGCUUAUUUAGAAAUACAAAGCUGGCGUUCUGUAUUUUGGUGUCGUACACUGUUGUCGCUGAUGGCCCAAACUUUUUUAAGCAUUCCUGAAAGCUAACCACAACUGAUUUGAAAGAAGGGGAGGGACAUAGUCAUCACAUGUUCAAAUUCAAUGACAAUGCACGUGGCUCUGCUUUCCUCCAAUCAGAACUCUUUAACUAUACUCUUGUUAUUCUGCUUUAUUACCGUUCUCCGAGCAGCAGGAUAUUAUGAUGGCAACACGAUCGCAGAUUAUUUUAAUUUUAAAAUAAGAGUCCCCCUGCAAAAACGGGCAACAUUUUGGGAAUAUCGUUUGUUUUUAUCACUAGUGCAGUCAACUCUUUCUCACAGAUUUGCCACCACCUUUGAAAAUUAUGGAUAAUUUGACUUUAAUAUUGUAGUAUAUAAAGGACAAUGAAUGAAAGUGCUGCUGGGGAUUUAGACUACAGUUAUCCAUAAAAUAACACCAUAUAAAGAGUCUACAGACCGUACUUAAUGAGUAAUCCCAACCCCACUUUUACCUCGGCACUUAGAAUAGUUUUUCUCUAUAAACCAAUAUUACAUUUUUUGGCAUGUAGUAGUGUGUUGCAUUGCAGUAAGUGGAGUAAAAGUGCUGCUGGGUAUUUAUACCUCAGGACCCCAAGAAAUAACACAAUAUAUAGAUUACAGGCCACAGGAGGCUGCUGAGGGGAGAAUGGCUCAUAAUACGGGCUGGAAUGGCAUCAAACACAUGGAAACCAUGUAUUUGAUACCAUUCCACCUUUCCGCUCCGGUCAUUAACACGAGCCCGUUCUCCCCAAUUAAGGUAUCUCCAACCUCCUGUGUUACAAACCCAAUUGAGUAUGCCCAACCCCACCUUUACUUUGGCAUAUAUCCAUUCACUGUAUUGCAUUGCAGUGAAUGGAAUGGUUGAAGUAGAAAGUUCUGCUGGAUAUUUAGAUCUCAGUCCCCCAAGAAAUAACACCAUAUAUAGAUUCUCUAGACCCUACUGAGUAUUGCCUACUCCACUUUUACCUUGGCACAUAAAAUCGUUUUUUCUAUACAGCCUAAUGUUGUGAACAUACCAAUCUAAACAUUGUAUUUUUUGACAGUGCUCUUAAAAAAAACAAAUAGAAGCAUAUUGGCAAUUAUUUACAUAAAGUCCUUCUUCAUUUGCUUAAGAGCACAAUAAAAAUUCACAUUGAUUCAAA